UCGGCUUAAGCCCCGUCUGCCGCCGUGGACGGCUGAUUUGCCGGGGAGAGAGAUGAGCGUGUUCGGAGGAGAUAGCUGGGCGAGGGAGCAGCACCACCGGAAGAGGAGAGUCGACGAUCUCGCGAUCGAAGGUCUCGACGGAUCAUGUUACAGGAAGCUCUCCAAUGGCAAGUUCGCCUGCCUCGUUUGCCCUAACAGUCCCGUCCUCGAUUCGCCUCUCAUGCUCGCUGUGCAUCGUAAUGGAUCAAGACACCGAGCUGCAGAGUCCCGUCUGAAGGAAAAAGAGCUGAUCAGAAGGGAUGAGAUCAACAAAAGAAUUGCCUUGUCCGGAGAUUCUUCCACCUCGAGCAGCAGUAGGAUUUCGAGUAAACCGUUGAUUGAACAGACUAGGCAUAUCGCCUUCGAAGUCCUCAGCAGAAAACCUAUAACAGAGGAUGCUAAGGGCGAGUGCAUUAAUGCGAGAUUCGCUGUCUCGGGCCCUUCUGUUGUGCAAUCAAAUCCUCAGGAAAGUGUCUCUCUCCCUGCAAAAGAAGCAAGUGCUGGUGCUGUUGAACAGCAGCAACUUGUGGAUUUCAGGGAGUGUCGGGAAAGGGAGCUAAAGUUCACAUCUGCUGGGUGGAAGCGUGAUGGUAAUGGCAGAUGGUACAAAGACGAAAAUGUCGAGUUUGACUCUGAUGAGGAGGAUCCAAACGUCUGCCUUGCAUAGAAAUGGAAUGAAAUGUUAAAAAUUUGGAAUCAGCGAUGCAGCAGCUCAAAGUCAGAUACAUGAAACAGAUUUUGCCAUGGAGAAUGCAUAACGAAGACGAGCUAUCCUUUCACUCGAUAGAGUUGCUUCAUUUGGUUUGGUCAGGAAUGGUGAUCAAGCAAAGCUGGAAGAAUUAUGUCAGUGGCAGAUUCCCCCGAAGUAGCAGCUCAAGAAAACAAUCUGCCCUUGAUCUCCACGUACCACGGAGUCCUGCUUCUGCGACAGGAAUAGCUUGUGAUAGCGAAGCAUAGAGAUGAUGGAAGAUGGUUUGUACCGAUUUCAGAGCUUCUGAAGUUUGUUUCAUCUCAGAUUUCGGAAUCUGUUGGGGGAUUGUAGGGAACUUCAGACUGCAUCAAGAGUUCUUUUUUUCUCUGGGAAGAAUUCCAGCAUCAGAAUUUCAGCUUAGUCAGGUCGAAUGAUGCUUGCCAAAAGCUUUUGUCAUCUGUUCCUAACUCUGCAGAGGUCAGAAUCAGCUCUGUUUAAUUGUAAUCGCACUUGAUGUCUUAGCAUUUAUCCGAUGUUGGUAGGAAAGAUUUGAACGUUUUCGCCAUGAAGCUUGGUCUUGUUUUAUGUGACAGUCCAUUGCUUUCUUCUCCCA